GACCGGAGAGCCGCAUGGUGAAGCGGACGCCUAAAUAUGGGAGAUACGGGGAGGGAGCUGACGACGACUGGCGGGGGGGAUGUGUGCAUAAAUGGUUGUGCAGGUCGGGCAUAAUUAUUGUUCUCUUUUCCGCCUGUAUUCUUCUGCUGGGCAAAGGUAUCUUAAGAUAUACACAAGUAAUGAUCCGAUUCUACAAUAUCAAUCCAUCCCUCUAAUUCCUAUACAACGCACCCCUAAUACCAAAACACACUGCGUAAGAAAGACGCCACCCCUCAUCCCUCAUCCCCAUCCCCAUCCCCAACCUCACGGGCCGCCCCCUUAGCUACCCUACCCUACCUACCUA